UUAAUUAGCAUUGUCGGUUUGUCGGGUUGUGACGUAGCAAACAAUUUGAACAAACCGAAUCUCCAUUACGCAAACAGUAAAUCUCACCUCUUUCAACCCCUCUCUCUCUCUCCUCUCGAACCCAUCGUAGGGUUUAGGGUUCAGACUACUGUCAGAGAACACUUCUUCAAAUCUAUACAAUCGUCGUCAAGAUGCAGCAGCAGCAGCAACAACCACCACAAUCGCAACCGCUAUCUCAACCUCCCACGGCUUCAUUUUCCCCCAAUGCAAUCACCACCGAGCAGAUUCAAAAGUGUCUUGAUGACAACAAAAAUUUGAUUAUGGCCAUAUUGGAAAACCAAAAUCUCGGGAAAUUCCAGGAGUGUGCUCAGUACCAAGCGGUUCUCCAAAAGAACCUAAUGUACUUGGCUGCAAUCGCCGAUGCCCAACCGCCAGCACCAGGACCACCAGCACCACAAACAUCAACUCCUCAGAUGCCACCAAAUUCAAUUCCUCAGCAGGCAAACAGUUAUAUGCAGCAGCAGCAGCAACAUCAGGCGGCUCAGCAGCAGGCUCAACAACAAGGUGGCGGUGUUCCAAAACUACCCUUCCAGCUUAACGCCCUGAGAACCCAAGACCAGCAGCAGCAACUACUCCAAUUUCAGCAGCAACAACAGCAACAGCUUCAGGCACAGAUGGGUCUGAGGGCGGGUGGUGGUGGUGGUGGACAGAACGGGAUGAUGGGCAUGCAUCAAGCAAUGCAGUCUGCGCUGGCGGGAAAUCCGAUUGGAAUGAAGCAGGAUGGGUCCGAGGCGGCCUCUGGCGGUGAUGGACAAGGAGGCAAAUCACGUUCUUGAGCUUCGUAUGCGUUUCUGUUGUAUCUUUUGAGUUUGGUCGAGUAGCGUAAACGGUUGGAAAACAAACAAAUGGCAUGUUUUUGUCCAUGUAUCUUUUCCAUCAAUCAAAAGAAGUGUCGUUUUAAAACAGGUAUUAUUAUCAA